GCUACUCUCGACCAUUCGUAAAAAAGCAUUCUUCCAAUCGUAACAAAAAUCAAAUUGAUCUUUAGUGAAACAACAAAGUGAAUUUAACAAAAUGGUGGAGAACAACAACUCUGAAAAUCAAGGGGAAGAUGAACCAGCAGCUCCCCGACGCAAUCCGCAUCGUGCUGCGCGAGACAAGCCACAAGUGACUGGUGAAGGGGGCGAGGGGGGGCCUGCUGCUGCCGGAACGUCUAAAAAGCGGCGAAGUAGCAAAAAACGUGCAGAUGCUGGAAAGAAGAAAAGGGCUCCCAAGAAGGCUGCUGCAGGGAAAAAGAGGAAGCACCAACCAUCAAAGAUCGCUGAUGAACCCGCUGGAGAUGCUGGCGAUGCAGUGCCAGGUGAUGAAGGGACUGCCAAACGAGGCAAGAGAAAGUCAAGCUCCCAAACCAGCAAAAAGAAACAUAAAUCCCCAGCUCAGAAGAAGAAGAAGCAUUCACAAAGUCAGGCCGGAAAAAAGAAGCGAAGUCAUUCUCAAGCCGGUGCAGGAAAACAUCGCCGAAGCAAGAGUGGGGCUGAGAAAAAGAAACGAAGUCACACUGCAGCUCGGGUACAAAAGAAAAAGCGGAGCCAUUCUCAGGCCGGCGCAGGAAAAAAGAAACGAAGUCAAGUUAGGGUACUAAACGGGAACCCACGUGAAUGGCACCGACGCAAAAGUGGAGCUGAAAAGAAGAAGCGAAGUCACACUGCAGCUCGGGGGCAAAAGAAGAAGUCUCAAGCCGCCGUAGGGAAACGUCGCCGAAGCAAAAGCAGUGGGGCCGAGAAAAAGAAGCGGACCCACACCCAAGCUCGUGUACAAAAAAAACGAAGUCACACUGCAGCUCGGUCCACUGCUGGACGUCGUGGGAGGAGUUCCGGUGCCCAAGCUGGGAAGAAACGCAAGCAUUCAGCUCCCAAAUCUACGGCUGCGAAAAAACGCAAGCUUUCGCCAUCGAAAUCCGCCGCUGGAAAAAAGCGACGCCCCGCGCCCAAGGCAGUGGCUGAAAAGAAACGCAAACACGCCCCGAAAGUGCAAGCCGACAAGAAGAAGCAUGCUGCAGCCGGCAAGAAACGUUGA